AUGGCGACCGAGGCGGCCAUGUUGGGCCUGCUCCUCCCUCACCUGCGCACCCGCAGGCCUUCUGUGCUCGUCGCUCCUUCAGGUGUCUGCAGUGCGUUUUCCCUGGAGAUUAAAGUCAGCUCUAAAGUGCGAGCUUUCAUUGGCGAGCAGGUAUCGCUGAAAUGCUCUUUCACGUCCACUGCGCCCAUCAGCGAGAGUCUGACGCUCGACUGGACGUACCGGCCCCUCACCGGGGGUGCUAUGGAGACAAUUUUUCACUAUCAGUCUGUUGCAUACCCAACAACAGUGGGAAAGUUCAGAGACAGAAUAUCAUGGAUUGGGGAUAUUGCCAAGGGUGAUGCUUCUAUUGCUAUCCACAGCCUAGAGAUGAGUGAUAAUGGCACCUUCAUCUGCAGUGUCAAGAAUCCUCCGGACGUGUUCCACAACAUUCCCCAGACGGUCCUGACAGUGACAGAGAGGGGUCUUUCCUUCCAGCUAACUUCAGCAGUGCUGCUGUCCAUAUUAGUGUUUCUCCCCUCCAUUCUUGUGGUCAUUCUGCUGUUGGUGAGGAUGGGAAGGAAAUUUGGAGUGCUGAAGGAGAAAAAAACAUCUGGCUGUAAGAAAUCUUCCAUCGAAGUGUCUGAUGAGCCUGAAUAUACAGAGACAGACAACUGCUUGGGGAGACUCAGAGUCUGGUGUUGGAAGUGUGUGGAUACAGAUGAUGAAGACCCCUACUGAUGAGUGACCAAGGCUAUGGAGAAAGACCAAAAUCACGGCAUUGAA